CUUGCCGAUUUCCACGCGUUUUUUCUAACCAAUAUUGGAAUUUAGAGUACUGUCGCUGAGUCAAGAUCCUUACUUCGAAUUCGUUGCCAAUUCUACCUGGACCUUCAGUUCUGUGUUGUGUUAUCAUUCUCGUUCGUAUCCACGUCAUCUGGCGUAGAUUCCGCUUACAAGCCGAAGAAUGGGUUUCAGAAUUCAAUAGUACUUGUCUCGUCAAUUAUAGAUAUGUCUAUGAAUAUCUCUCUUUAUUUUCUUUAAUCGCUCGGUCCAGUCCAAAAUGGCGUUCCUACGCCAGCUCCUCACCCUCGUUCGGAAGGACCUCCUUCUUGGUGUCAAUCGACGCAGUCUUCACACGACCAUUUUACGUGCGUUCCUUGCGCCGCUGAUCUUCUCGUUCUUCAUCACGUUCGUCAUCCGUGCCUUCUGGCCUCAACAAACAUAUGGAAUUGGCAGUCCCCGGCCCAUUCGCUCGCUCGCCGAUGCCAUGACCAUUGCGGUACCGGAACGGCCCACUUUGAUGUUUGUCAACGAGGUUUCCCCGGACGGUGAUAUUGACCGAGUCAUCAAUGAAGUGGCUGGCCCAGUCCGCGAACGCGGCCACCGCGUCGUGCUGACGCGCGAUGGGAAUGAGCUGCUGAAUAGUUGCCGCAGUACCCUUCGUGGUGUGACGAAAUGCUACGGUGCCGCAGUCUUUCAUUCCUCACCAACUGAGGGUCCCGAUGGAAGAUGGAACUACACAUUGCGAUUUGACGGCGAAUUUGGUCGUUCAAUUGAUGUGAGCAGGGAUGACAACGCCGCUCAAGUGUUUCAUCUUCCUUUGCAGCAUGCGAUUGAUUCGGCUAUCGCUGGCAUAGAUGCGAACGCUGCGGAACUCCCGAAUAACGCCCAACAACUCCUGUUCACAUCGCUUACCCCAGAGGAGUAUCGUAACUUGAUCACUAAGAAGCUACUCGAGGCCGUUACGAACUUUCUUGGAGCGGUUUGGUAUCUUGCAUUUAUCGGCGUCUGCUACCACCUUGUUGGGACCAUGUCAAAGGAACGUGAAAUGGGCAUGGCCGAUCUCCUGGAGUCCAUGAUGCCGAACAUUCGACGUUGGGAACCGCAGGUUGCGCGACUGGUGGCUCGCCAUCUUGCCUUCGAUAUCAUGUACGCACCCAGCUGGAUCGUCAUUGGAAUCGUCAUGAAGACCGGUCUUUUUCGCAACACGUCUGCGGGCAUUGUCAUCAUUUUCUCCAUCAUUGCCGGACUGUCCCUCGUCUCGUGGAGCAUCCUUGGUGCGGCUUUCUUCAAGAGAGCCCAAUUGAGUGGCAUCACGACCGUCAUCUUAACGUUGGUAUUGGCCGUCGCCGGACAAGUCACGUCGAAGUAUAUGAGUGUCGCAGCUGUUGGUGUUUUAUCAGCGCUCUUCUCCCCUAUCGCGUUUACGCUCGCAAUGAUCAACAUGGCUCGAUUCGACCACGCCAACAGAGGGACAAACCUCACGGAAGGCGCCCCAGACGCACACUGGGACUUCCCAUCGAUCGCGUUCUGGGUUUUCUUGAUCGUCCAGACAUUUGCAUAUAUCGUUUUGGCCGCAUUUGUCGAACGAGCUCUCUAUGGGAGUGCAGCGACUCGCAAGGGUCGUAACGUCAAUUGGCGCCCUACUCAACCGAGUAGCGAUGCUGGCGCACAAGUGAAUGUCCCUGUGCGGCUCGAGAAUUUCAGCAAGAUUUACCAAUCCCCUUGGUGGGCUCGGACGCUAAUGCCGUUCCUUGGACUCAAAUCCUCCCCAGUCACGGCGGUGAAGAAUCUGUCAUUGUCUGCCCUGAAAGGCCAAAUUCUUGUCCUCGUCGGUGCAAAUGGAUGCGGGAAAUCCACCACCCUCAAUUCCAUUGCCGGACUAUUAUCGCUAACAUCAGGCUCCAUUACUCUGGACGGCACGGGUGGAAUCGGACUUUGUCCGCAAAAGAAUGUCCUCUGGAACGGAUUGACUGUCGAACAGCAUGCUCGAAUAUUCGUCGGCCUGAAGAGGUCUGGGAAAAUGGAUCGUAAGCAGGAAAUCCAAGAACUGAUUGACAGUUGUGGCCUGAGCGACAAACGUAAGGCCAUGGUACGGACUCUGAGCGGUGGUCAGAAGAGAAAGUUGCAGUUAAUUUGCAUGCUCGCUGGCGGAUCCCAGGUCUGCUGUGUCGACGAAGUCUCCGGGGGACUCGAUCCGUUAUCCCGGCGGAAAGUCUGGGAGAUCCUCCUGAAAGAGCGGGGCCAGCGAACUACUAUCUUGACAACACAUUUCUUGGAUGAAGCUGAAUUUCUCGCCGAUCACAUGGUCGUCAUGGGAGAGGGCAGGCUGAAAGGAGCGGGUAGUACUGGUGACUUGAAGAGGAGGGUAGGAGGUGGUUACAGAGUCCAUGUCCUCCCUAUGGCAACAUAUGAAGAUGAGAAAGGGAUGCAUGUCACUGAAAAGUACGACCACGAUGAGACGCAUUUCGUGUCUAGUACCGCCGAAGCCGUCAGCAAAAUGAAGGAACUAGAAGCGGAAGGGAAGCGAAACGUUCAAAUCACCGGACCUACGAUGGAGGAUGUUUUCCUAAGAUUGGCCGGAGAAGAGAUUGACUCCUCCUCUGAACACGAGCUAGAGCACGAGGCGGAGUUGAGUAUAAUGGGUACUCCCUCUACUGGGACGCCGAAAGAGACGCCGAGCAAAGUGGCUCAGGAUCUCAUGAGAGCAAGAACUCGAGAGUCGCAAGCCGGCCAAGCCGACCUCUUGACAGGCACCCGAAUCGGCACGCUAAAGCAGAUGCGCAUCCUCUUCCUCAAACGCUGGACUGUUUUCAAGCGGAAUUACGUACCGCACUUGGCUGCGUUUGCCCUCCCAAUCAUUGCUGCUGGCUUCAUGUUGCUGCUCCUUCGAGACCUGCACAACCCCGGGUGCGAUCCCGUCAGCCAGGUCAACGACGCGGACAUUGAAACUCUCUCAGAUUCCAUACGUCCUCAGAUUCUGUUUGGUCCGGCGUCGGCGUUGAGAGGGAACAGCAUCUCACUAAUCCAGGGGAUUCUACCCAGUCAGACUCUCGGCUCAGGCGACACGGCCAUCAACGCAAACAACCAGAGCAGCCUCAUGAGCGCCGUCCACCUUGUCCCGACAGUCGAUGAGUUUUACACUUUCGUUGAUAUAAACCAGAGCACCAUCAUCCCGGGCGGCAUAUUCCUCGGCGACUUGACAACUCCUCCUACCCUCGCUAUUCGCUCAAACAUGGGUGUCCUCGCAGUAUACAGCGCUGUGUUCCUACACAACGCUUUGAAUGUCCUCCUCUCGAACGUCACCAUCUCCACUCAAUUUGCCGUUUUCGAUCUUCCUUGGCCCGCAGAUACCGGCAAUGCACUGCAAUUUGUCUUUUACUUCGGACUGGUCAUGGCUGCAUACCCGGCUCUCUUUGCUCUAUACCCGAAUAUCGAGCGCACGAGGAACGUCCGAGCGUUGGAAUAUAGCAAUGGCGUGCGACCGCUGCCGCUAUGGGGCGCUUAUCUUGCUUUUGAUUCCUUUGUAAACUUGGUCGUGGCAGGUAUUGCUACAGCCAUCCUUACUGCAGGGGCCUCCGACGCGUGGUGGCAGGCCGCGUAUUUAUUUCUUGUCUUCUUCCUAUACGGCAUUGCGAGCACACUAUUAGCCUAUUUUAUCUCCCAGUUUUCCAAGUCGCAGUUGUCGGCCUUUGCCUUUGCUGCUGGUUCUCAAGCAGUAAUGUUGUUGCUUUACCUAACAGCAUAUUUUAUCAUUACCUCCAACGCAUCGGGGUAUACGGCUGAUUCAAGCAUCCUAAUUACACACUUCACCUUUGGCCUUAUCACCCCAGUUGGUCAGCUGGCCCGUGCUCUUCUGGUGAGCUUAAAUGUAUUCAGCAUUUUAUGCAGUGGCUCUCCGCCAGUGAAGGCAGAGUAUGGAGGAGGAAUCUUGCACUACGGUGGACCCAUUCUCUAUCUUAUCGGACAAAGCCUCGUCCUCUUCCUUCUCCUAGUAUGGUCUGACUCGGGAUUUACUCUCGGCUUCCUUGAACGUAAAUGGCCAUUCAAACGAUCGGACCGAUCCAGACACGGAACAUCAGACCUUGAAGACAGGACCACGGAGGAACCCGAAGUCAUCGCAGAGGCCGCGAGGGUCCCUGUUUCCGACGAUGGGCUCAAAGCCCUUGGCCUCUCAAAGACCUACAGCGGAGUCGCAUUCGGCAAGCUUGUCGCCGUCACCAACGUUACCUUCGGCGUGCGCGAGGACGAAGUCUUCGCCCUCGUUGGUCCGAACGGCGCAGGCAAGAGCACGACAAUCUCCAUGCUCCGAGGCGAAGUCAAGCCAAAUUCCGGCUCCGGCGACGUCCUCGUUGAUGGAGUCAGCGUGCUCUCUGAUAGGCAGGUAGCGCGAGCUAACCUCGGCGUCUGCCCACAAUUUGACGCAUUGGACAAGAUGACAGUGCUCGAGCAUUUACGGUUCUUCGCCGCGAUCCGUGGCGUCAGCGACGUCGACCGCAACGUCGAGGGAGUCAUUCAUUCGGUGGGAUUGACGCCGUUUAGAGAUAGGUUGGCGCACAAGCUCUCGGGCGGCAAUAAGCGGAAGCUGAGCUUGGGGAUCGCACUGAUCGGCAACCCAGCCGUCGUGCUCCUUGACGAACCCAGCAGCGGCAUGGAUCCUCUUGCGAAACGGUCCAUGUGGCGGACGCUCGGAAGGGUCGCGAACGGGCGUGCCAUCCUCCUAACCACCCAUUCCAUGGAGGAAGCGGAUGCACUGAGCAAUCGCGUGGGCGUGUUGGCAAAGCGAUUGCUGGACAUCGGUGACACGGAGCAUCUGCGCAGAAAAUACGGACACGGAUUCCACGUGCAGCUGUGCUUGAAAAGUGCGCCACAUAGCAGCGAGGAGGAGAUGGAGAGUGUGGAAAAGUGGGUGAAGGAGAGGUUUGGAGAGAGUGUGGAGCGGGAGGGGAGGCAUUGGCAGGGGCUGAUGCGGUUCCAUGUCCCCUCCAGAGCGGUACAUUUGGGGCUUGAAGGAAAUAAGGAUGAACAGAACAAGCCAGAAGAGGGUGCCUCAGUCUCGAAGCUGUUUGUCGAGCUAGAAGAACAUAAGGAGACUCUGGGGCUGGAAUUCUACUCGGUCAGUCCGACGACGUUCGACGAGAUUUUCUUGAAGGUUGUCGCGAAGCAUCAUGUUGGAGAGGAGGAUUCCAUUGAAAAGACGAGUAGAUGGAGGAAGUUCUUGUGUUGAUAGCUGUAUAAUAGAAAUAUAUACCUAUGCAUGAUCUUGG